AUGCAGCCGGUCAAGGUCUCGGUGGGGGCCGCCGUCCUGUGGCUCGCCAGCUGGUGCCUGCUGGCCGCAGGUCACCCCUCGGAGCUGGAGGACCCCUGGCAGCCCAGCUCCCCCCAGUCGGACUCUGCGAACUGGCCCCACUUCACCAAGUCGGCCCCUCUGGUGCCGGCCUUCACCAAGACCCCUGCCCAUAAGCACAACACGACCCACCACCAUCGCCACACCACCACCACCGCCCCCGCCAACCACACCUCCCACCCCCACACCACCACGCCCAGGAAGCAGACCACCACCCGCCACGCUACCACCCGCCACGCUACCACCACCCGCCACGCUGCCACCACUCACCCUGCCAAUCGCACCUCCACUGCCCACCCGACUAGCCACCCCCAGAACACGACGCAUGAGAAGCACCCCACCACCCACCAGGCCGCCACCACAACCCCCGCCAACCACACCUCCCACGCCCACCCCACCACCACCACCACCACCCCCAAGACCACGGCCCCACGGCCCACUAAGCCGCCGGGUGUGCUGGUGGGCAAUUACACCGUCAAGCAAGGAUCCGCCGUCUGUCUGCGGGCAGAGAUGGGGCUGCAGCUGCGGGUCCGCUACGAAGACAAAGCCAAGCGGCAGGUCUGGGGAGCCUUUGCGGUGCAGCCCAACCAGACCAACUCCUCGGGGACCUGUUCCAGCAAGACGGCCACCUUGAAACUACAUUUCCCAGAGGGCUUUAUUCUCUUCACUUUCCAAAAGAACGAAACAGAAAAGACAGCCUACCUGAGCCAGGUCCAGGCCAAUCUCACCUACGGGUUCCCCCAGGCGACGACAGAGAAGACCUUCACGGCCAACAACACCUCCCUCCGGGAGUUCUCGGCCCCGCUGGGCAUGUCCUACCAGUGCCUCAACCGCAGCCUGGACCUCACUGAGGACUUCCACUUGAGCGCCCUGAGCGAGCGGAUCCAGGCCUUCCAGCUUCAGGAUGGGAAGUUUGGAGAAGCCGAGGUGUGUCCCGAGCAGAAGCGCUCCAUCGUCCUGCCCGUCGUGGUGGGCGUGGUCCUCGGCCUCCUCAUCCUCAUCGUCCUCGUGGCCUUCGCCGUGGGACGGUGGCGGGCCCACACGGGCUACGAGUCCCUCUGAGAGCCCCCCCC